AUGUCUACCAAGAUCUUCACCAACGCACGUGUAUUCGCAAACUCGAGCGCGCGGCAGCACGAGAUGGAAUUCUCAAGCUGCAUGGCAAUUCAGGACGGGAAGAUCCUCCACGUUGGUACAGAAGACGAUGCUAUUGUUCAAGGUCUCCUCAACUCUGGAGCGGAAGCAACCGACCUCAAGCAACAGCUCGUAGUACCGGGCCUCAUUGACGCGCACACUCAUCUUCUCUUCUUCGGCUUAUCCCGUCAAAAGCUCGACCUGACCAAUUGUGCGUCGCUCGAAGAAGUACGCACCGCCAUUUCAAACCAUGCUAAGACCAAUCCCGAAUUACCACGUAUACUGUGCCGCGGAUGGCAGCAGCGUAGCACAGGUCGACAAGCCUUAGCAACAAUGCUAGAUGACCUGGAUCCACGACCGAUCUACGUGGAAGCGCUGGAUCUGCAUUCAUCUUGGGUCAACACCGCCGCACUGAGAGAGCUACCUCUAGAUAAUGCAACGGAUCUUGGCCCGCAUCACGUCGUUUGCGAUGACAGUGGACGACCGAGUGGGCUUUUCGCAGAGGCCGGGCAGGUCGAUAUUGUGUGGUCUUUCCUAAACGCGCAUUACACAACAGAAGAGAAACAAGGCGCGCUAGACAAGACCUUCCAAGCGUACAUCGCUGCAGGGUACACGGGAGCUAUCGAUAUGGCCAUGGAUGACAACGCUUGGGACGCGUUGAAGUUGUACCGGGAGAGGAAUGGAGCACUGCCCAUACAUGUUGCCGCGCACUGGCUGAUUACGCCUCCGGGAAGUGGAGGUAGACUCUCCGACAAAGUCGACGUGGCAAUUGCACAGAUGAGAGAGUGGUCUCCGUCGGCAUCCCCUGAAUUCUGCAUCGUUGGUAUCAAGCUCAUUUGCGAUGGAGUCGUCGAUGGAUGCACUGCCGCGUUAAGUCACCCAUAUACUGGACAUGUGGACAUGGUCGAGCCGUUAUGGCCUUCAGACGCAAUGGACGAAGUUGUAUACCAAGCAACGCAGGCUGGACUCCAGGUAGCGAUCCACGCGAUCGGAGAUGCAGCUGUCACUCAAGCCAUCAACGCGAUUGCUAAAUCUAACAGUCCCAGCGGCAGGCACCGCAUCGAACAUCUUGAGCUUACUUCUGAAGAAGAUGCGAAGCGGUUAGGGGAGCUUGGAAUCACUGCAUCCGUACAACCAGUCCACUCCGAUCCAGCGAUCCUAAUAGACUACCAAAAGCUGGUCGGUGCGAAAACAUUCGAGCGCGCAUUUGCUUACAAGGAGUUCCUUGAUGGCGGCGCAUGUGUCGCAUUAGGCACAGAUGCUCCGACUGCGCUACAUCUCCCAUUACCGAAUUUGUACAACGCAACAACAAGGAGAUCGGCGACGCGGCCUGAGAUGAACGCAAAGACGACUCCCCAUCAAGCAUUGACAAUGACACAAGCCUUCCAUGCCGCAACAACAGGUGCGGCUCAUUCACGCUUUGCAGAGACGUGGACGGGCACGUUGGGGAAAGGGAUGCGGGCUGAUUUUGUAGUCCUCGAUUGCGAGUGGAGCGCGGAUACUUUGCUGAAGGCUGCGACGGAACAGACGUGGUCGAGAGGGAGACAGCUCUACCCUACGCAUGUAUCUCAGGCUUGA